GGGGAGGGGUGAGGGGGUAAGGGAGGGGAGGGGUGAGGGGGUAGGGUAGGGUAGGGUAGGGGAGGAGUGAAGGAGGGGUGGUUGACUGCUGCUGCUAGUUUCCAGUGCGUACGCACGAAUCGGCUGUCGAGCUUCGGACGCACCCAUACCAACCAUGGCGGAUGAGGAGGUUUCUGCGGUCGUGUGCGACAAUGGCUCCGGCAUGGUCAAGGCUGGAUUUGCGGGCGAUGAUGCCCCUCGGGGUGUGUUCCCGAGCAUCGUUGGCCAGAUUAAAGAUACGAAAGAACAAAUGGUGAUGGUUGGUAUGGGGCUGAAGAACACGUUUGUGGGGAACGAAGCUCAGUCGAAGCGUGGUAUUCUUCGCAUCGACUAUCCGAUUAAGCACGGCAUUGUGAGCGACUGGGAUCAAAUGGAGAAGAUUUGGCACCAUACUUUCUACAACGAGCUGCGAGUCCAGCCGGAAGAACACCCAGUGCUCUUGACGGAGGCACCGCUUAAUCCAAAAGCCAAUCGCGAGAAGAUGACGCAGAUCAUGUUCGAGACCUUCAACGUUCCAGCUGCGUACGUGGCGAUCCAGGCGGUUUUGUCUCUUUACUCGAGUGGUCGUACCACUGGUAUCGUCCUCGACUCUGGUGACGGUGUCACGCACACGGCACCCAUCUUCGAGGGCUUUGCUCUGCCUCAUGCCAUCCUUCGCCUCGACCUCGCCGGCAGUGACUUGACGGACUACAUGAGGCAUAUCCUCACGGAGAGGGGGCAUUCCUUCAACACGAGCAGCGAGCGGGAAAUGGUCCGUGACAUCAAGGAGAAGCUUGCAUACGUCGCCAUGGAUUUCGAGCACGAGCUAUCCUUAGCUGCAAGCGGACCCGCCCUCGAGAAGACGUACGAGCUUCCCGAUGGUAAUAUCGUCACCAUCGGAAGCGAAAGGUUCAGAUGCCCAGAAGUCCUCUUCAAUCCUGGUCUGAUUGGGAUGGAAUCGGCGGGCAUCCACGAAACCACCUACACCUCCAUCAUGAAGUGCGAUGUGGACGUGAGGAAGGACCUGUACGGAAACGUUGUCCUGAGUGGGGGAUCGACAAUGUUCCCUGGCCUGCCAGACAGGAUGAAAAAGGAGAUAGCGUCAUUGGCUCCGACUGCCGUUAAGGUCAAGGUGGUGGCCCCUCCGGAGCGCAAGUAUAGUGUCUGGAUCGGCGGAUCCAUUCUGGCAUCGCUUAGCACAUUUCAGCAAAUGUGGAUCGCAAAGGCGGAGUACGAUGAGGCCGGCCCAUCAAUUGUUCACAGAAAGUGCUUCUGAAUUCUCCACAGUCAUUGGGAAAUCCUUGCGCUUCUGCAAUUUUUCAAGUGUUCAAGUCAUCACCUGAUGCCCUACUGUUCAUCCUUCAGUUUGUGUUGUUCUCAAAAUCUUCGUCUUAUCCUCUCUCUCUCUCUCUCUCUCUCUCUCUCUCUCUCUCUCUCUCUCUCUCUCUCUCUCACCUGAUUCUCUACGGUUCAUGCUUCACUUUGUGUUGUUCUCAAAAUCUUCGUCUUAUCCUCUUCUCUCUCUCUCUCUGUCUCUCUCUGUGUCUCUCUUCUCCUUUUCCUCCUCCUCCUCUCUCUCCCUCCCAUCUUCUCCUUAUCCUCCUUUCUCUCGUCCUGCAAGUCUGCCUUGUGAGUCUGUUCUGGACUAGCACUGACAUUCAGAUCGGGAGUGGAUGAAGAAAGGGGCUCAGCAGAAGAACUCUCUCUCUCUCUCUCUCUCUCUCUCUCUCUCUCUCUCUCUCUCUCUCUCUCUCUCUCUCUCUCUCUCUCUUGCCAUUGUUUUUUCAUUAUGAGGAUCUCAUCUUUUGUUUUCAGCAAUGUGCAUAGCUCAUUGAUUGAUCGCAGACCUGAGAAGCGCAGGCCUUGCAUGUGUGUCGGCGAAAGAGCGCGCGCUAAGUUUGAUUGGUGCUGAUGCGAUGCCCGCGUAUGGGACUGAUCUCGCUGGAUACGAAGCCAUUCUUAGUAUUUCUUACUUACCCCUUUGUCUUUAGUUCGGCUGGCCAUUUUGGCUUUUACUGUUACUCUGUCCUUUUUUUUUUUUUUUUUUUUUUUUUUUUUUUUUUUUUUUUUUUUUUUUUUUUUUUUUUUUUUUUUUUUUUUUUUUUUUUUUUUUUUACUGUUACUCUGUCGAUUGUGUAACUUGCCAAGUUGUUUCUUUUUUACUUUUACUUUUCACAUAGGAUAAUGAGCGGGGAAAUUCCAGGAUCCAGGAGAACCCGCAGUUGCUAUAUUACGCAUAUGCCCUCCACAUUCUUAAUUUCAUUUCAGAGGGUUUGCUAUACACCAAUUAUUUUGUCUAGGCUUUUGGAUGGUCGUCGGUCGACAAAUUUCAUAAUGGUUUUUAGUACUUUUUACCAACAACCAAUUUGAAAUUUCGCGAAUGUCCUCCGAUUUUACAAUGUGGGACAGGGGUUGCUGCGCUGUUACCCAUGUGUGAGUGAUAGAGUGCAUUUCUGUCCUCCGAUUUUAUGCGAUUUUACGA